GUGGGGCCCCUUGUUCCUUGAACUGUGCCCAUUUUCCCCUCUGGGUCAAGGGAUCUGGUGCCAGGACUCAGAUCCGUUCGCCGUCCAGUGCUACUGGGGGCCUGCAGAACCAAACCGGUCUAGGGAGCCGCCCCAAGAGCCCGGCCUCGCUCAUGGCUCCGGGUUACAAAACUAGAGAGUGAAAGUGGAACUGAGCAGGCAGCGGCCAGCCGGGCUCUGUGCAGAGCCAGACACGCAGAGAGCCAGGGAGGCGGUGGGGGACACCCAGAGACAACCGGAGAAAUUGAAUUAACCGCAGGGUCUGCGCUGGAGUCUGCUCACCAGGGCCUGUGGGGUCAGGGGGAUGGAGCAACUCUGGGAGGACGUCACCUGCUCCAUCUGCUGGGACGUGUUCAGCGACCCCGUCUCCAUCGAGUGCGGCCACAACUUCUGCCGGGGCUGCCUCUCGACUCACUGGAGCGAGGUCUCAGCCCAGGGGCACCGCUGCCCGGAGUGCCGGGCUUCCUGCUCCAGGGACAGGAUGAUCCCAGACACACGAGUCAGAAACCUGGUGGAGAAAAUCACCGAACACCUGCAGGAAGAGCCGGAGCCGCAGGGGCCGGGGGCUCAGCCGGAGCCGGGCCACCCGGUGCAGCUGGUGCGUCUGGAUGAGGAAGAGAACCUGAUCCUGGACAAGAAGGCCCUGAGCCGCUGCCUGGAGCAGGGUGGGGCGGGGGACGCCCCCGUCUGCGUGGUGUCCAUCGUCGGGGGGCAGCGCCGGGGCAAAUCCUUCCUGCUGAACUACCUGCUGCGCCGGCUCCGGAGCCCGGACGCGAGGGACGGGUCGUGGAUGGGCCAGGAGGAUGAGCCCCUGGAGGGGUUCGAGUGGCGCGCCGACAUGCAGCAAGUCACCAACGGGGUGUGGAUUUGGAGUCAGCCCAUCUGGGUCCCCACCCCGGGCGGGAAGGUGGCCGUGCUGCUGGUCGACACCGAGGGCUCCAUGGGCAUUGAAAGGAAGAAGGAGAACAGCAUCAAACUCUCCGCCUUCUCCGUGCUGCUCAGCUCCUAUCAGAUACUGAAUAUUUCGAAUGAGGUGAACGACGCGGAUCUUGAAUACCUGGAGAUGUUUGUGCGUGUGGCCGAAGAGGUGGGAAAAGCGUACGGACUGAAGCCUGUUCAGCAUCUAGACCUGCUGGUGCGGGAUUGGAGCAGCUCCCCGGACCUUGGAGCCGAGGGUGGGGAGCAGCAUCUGAGACACAUCCAAGAGAUUCUGGAGGCGAGGUCCCCUUGCAAACACCCCAAGGCCCUGGAAGCGCUGAAGAGAAGCAGCAGCCGCUGUUACCUGAUGCCCUUCCCUGGCAGAGGGAUCACGAUGGGGAGCGAGGGAAGGCUGAGAGACAUGGAUGAUGAUUUCCGGGGGAGCCUGAGGGACUACGUCACCGCCCUGGUGAGCUCGGCUGGUCAACACAUCCGGAUGGACCAGCAUGGGGAGAUGCUCACUGGGACACAGCUCGCUGCCAAGAUAAAGAAUUUAUCUGAUGUGAUGAAGAACCAUCGCUCCGGCUUCUCCUCUCCCUGUCAGCUUGCACCACACCUCCCAUGA